AUGCGGUGGGAUGAAAAGGAUACUCAACAAUGCGAUAUUCGUGCAUGUGCGCAAUGGACACCAUGGGGAGACUGGUCGACAUGCGACAAGGACUGUGGUCCGGGUAAGAAGACAAGACGGCGUGAAUGCGUAACUUCGGAAGGAGAUGCAUCAAGCAGAUGUGAAGGAGAUGCCGUGGAUCACUCAGUAUGCCUUGUGCAAGCAUGUUGUCAAUGGACAACAUGGAAUGAUUGGAGCAGUUGCGAUCGUGAUUGUGGAGGAGGACGAUUAACACGAUCAAGGAUGUGUCUGAGACCUGGAACGGAUGACAGCAGUGGAUGCGAUUGUGCUGGUUAUGAUCGUGAACAAAUGUCUUGCAACGAACAUCACUGUGCGCCGAUCCCUUACGAAUACGAAGCUGAACCCGAGUUCCCACCUGAAUCUGUGUAUCAACCUCAGCCAGUAACCCAGCCACAACUGCAACCACUACCUCUAACUACCAUAGCACCUACUCAUCUAGGAACUCAACCUGCCGUGAUCAGAAAACAACUCAUACACCAUCAUCGUCCUACACCCGUUUAUAAGCCAGGACCAGUGAUAAUACCUGUACGAGUUCCGUAUUAUAUCAAACCAGUCACAAGAACAGAAGUUGGUAGUACUGCUGCAACCACUGGACUGUCAUGCCAAUGGUCUGAAUGGUGGGGAUGGAAUCAGCACGCCGGUGGAGAUUUGAGAAGAUCGAGGGCUUGCAUUGGUGAUAAUGAUUGCGUAUGUUAUGGACCAGCCGUUCAAGAAGCUGUUUGCUCGGAAUGUGCGGAGAAUGUGGAAUGUGUUGAGGCUUGCAAGAAGAAAUGA